AUGAAUGAGUUCCCAGAUGUCUGCUUCUCUUCCUACCAGCUGCAGUGUCUGGGGCCGUUGAAGUUUGUAAAUUGCUUUGAGAUCCUUCAAGAUGAAAGGCUCUGCUUAAGAGAUCAUUAUCGCCUUCUACAUUUCUACACUCCCUCUUCUCCGCUCAGGCUUAUUUUCUCAAGCCUUACCAGUCGAUUGCCAAGAGCUGGAGAAACUAUCCUUGGACAUAAGUUUUUUAUUGGUUUUGGUGGGAAAGGAGCCAAUCAGUGUGUCCAGUCUGCUCGACUUGGGGCCAAGACCUCGCUGAUCUGCAAGGUUGGGGAGGAUUCCUUUGGCAAUGAUUAUAUUGAAAAUUUGAAGAAGAAUGGUAUAUCUACAGCAUUUGUAGGUCAGACUACAGAUGCUGCUACUGGAACUGCUUCAAUAGUUGUCAACAGUGAAGGACAGAAUGUUAUUGUCAUAGUCCCAGGAGCCAACCUACUUUUAAGUUGUGAAGACCUGAAGAGGGCUGCUGAUGUCAUCUGUAAAGCCAAAGUGGUUGUUUGCCAGCUAGAAAUAGCCCCUGCUGUUUCUCUCGAAGCUCUGAAAAUGGCACGUGCCAGUGGAGUAAAGACUCUAUUUAAUCCAGCUCCAGCCCUUGCUGACCUCGAUCCACAAUUUUACACCCAUUCUGACAUCUUCUGCUGCAAUGAAACUGAGGCAGAAAUUUUAACGGGCAUCCCAGUUGGCAACCUUGAAGAUGCUGAAAAGGUGGGACGCAUGCUGUUAGAAAGAGGGUGUAAGCUUGUAAUUGUUACUCUUGGAGCAGAAGGCUGCAUGAUGAUAUCAGUAGAAGAACCUAUUCCAAAGCACGUUCCUGCUGGGAAGGUCAGGGCUGUGGACACUACGGGAGCUGGAGAUAGUUUUGUGGGAGCACUGGCCUUCUACCUGGCUUACUAUCCCAAAUUACCCAUGGAGGAAAUGAUCAGGAAGUCUAACUGCGUUGCUUCAGUGAGCGUCCAGGCAUCAGGGACACAAUCUUCAUAUCCUUACAGGAAGGACUUGCCUCAGGACCUUUUCUAAUUGACAUUGUCUAGCUCAAUGUACUGAUUUUAUCUUAUCUCAGACAGCAUUAUUCUCCUAACUGCACAGAGGUUCUCCUCUGCUGCCUG